UAUGAUGGACUCUUUCCAAGGUGACGAAUAUGAAUUUAAGGUAAUCUUUCCAUACAUUUUAAAAAGUAACGUGUUGAGUUUAACGGAAGAGUAGGCAUGACAACGGAACGAGGACAGUUUUUUCCUUCCAAAUAUAAAUUUAUAAAUUUAUAAAAUAUGAAUUUAAGGUAAUCUUUCUUUCUUCUUUUCUAAAUCUUCUGUAUUUGUUGUUUUUAGAGUCUUUUAGUUGUGUUCUUCUUAGCACCAUCUCCAUCUUCAACAAACCAAUAUUUGUAUGGUGUUACUAUUACUCUCUAUACAAUGAAACCAAUCAAAUUUAGAUUGUCAUUUCUAUUCUUGAUACUGGUCUCUAAAUGCUUCACUACAGAAUCAAAAUGUAGCAAAACUUGUGACUUCGCUUUAGCUUCCUAUUAUAUGUUGGAAGGUACAAACUUGACAUAUAUUUUGGACAUCAUGAAAUCCAACCUGGUUUCAAAACCUGAAGAUAUUGUGAGCUACAACCCUGACACAAUACCAAAUAAAGAUAGUUACAGGACCGAAUCAAGAGCGAAAAUUCCCUUCCCUUGUGAUUGCAUCAAUGAUAAGUUUCUUGGUCACACAUUUCUCUACCAGUAUCAGCAAAUUGCUGAGUUGACUUUUAGCAAUUUGACUAAUGAGGAGUGGAUGGAGAGAGAAAAUGUUUAUGCAAAAAACUCUAUUCCUAAAUUUGUGAAGGUUAAUGCUACUGUUAACUGUUUCUGUGGGAACAGAAAGGUUUCUAAGGAUUAUGGAUUGUUCAUCACAUAUCCACUUAGAAGUGAGGAUAGUUUGGAGUCUAUUGCAAAGGAUACCGAGAUUGAGGCUGAUUUGUUGCAGAGGUACAACCCUGGUGUGAAUUUCAGCCAAGGGCAUGGUAUUGUUUUUAUUCCAGGGAAAGAUAAAAAUGGAGUUUAUGUUCCCUUUCCGCCUAGCCCUAUAAAAGCAGGUCAUUUAGCUAGAAGUUUAGUUACUGCUGCAAUAUCUAUUGGAGGAAUAUGCAUGCUUCUGUUAUUAUCAAUUUGUAUAUAUGUUAAGAAGAAUAUAGAGAAGUCUAAAUUGACACCAGAAGAUUCAACGGCACCUUCAACUAAAGAUGGCACAUCUGAUAAAGAUUCCAAUGCUGAUACUGGAUCCAAAUUUAUUGUGGUGGACAAAUCACCUGAGUUUUCGUACGAAGAUUUGGCCAAUGCUACAAAUAACUUCAGUUUGGCUAACAAAAUUGGUCAAGGUGGUUUUGGAGAGGUCUACUAUGGUGAGCUGAAAGGAAAGAAAACUGCAAUAAAAAAGAUGACGAUGCUAGCUACAAGAGAAUUUCUUGCAGAAAUGAAAGUCUUAACAAGCGUUCAUCACCGCAAUCUGGUACGCUUGAUUGGAUAUUGUAUUGAGGGAUCUCUAUUCCUUGUGUACGAAUACAUGGACAAUGGAAACUUAAGCCAACAUCUACAUAAUUCAGAGAAAGAACCUAUGACAUGGUCUACCAGAUUACAAAUUGCUCUGGAUGUAGCGAGAGGCCUCGAGUAUAUUCAUGAUCAUUCAGUGCCUGUAUACAUCCAUCGCGACAUUAAAUCAGAUAAUAUUUUAUUAAAUGGAAACUUCAAUGGGAAGAUUGCUGAUUUUGGAAUGACCAAACUGACUGAUGUUGCAAGUUCAAUUGAUAACACUGAUCAUGUCGCUGGCACAUUUGGUUACAUGCCGCCUGAAAAUGCAUACGGACAUAUUUCUCGCAAGAUAGAUGUAUACGCUUUUGGAGUUGUUCUAUACGAACUAAUUUCUGCUAAAGCAGCUGUGGUCAAAAUUGAUAAACCUACUACUGAGUUCAAGAGCCUUGAGAUUAAGACCAAUGAAUCUAUUGAUGAAUACAAGAGCCUUGUAGCUUUGUUUGAUGAAGUUAUUGAUCAAGAGGGAGAUCCUAUAGAAGAAGGUCUAAGAAAACUAGUUGAUCCAAGGCUAGGAGAUAACUAUUCAAUUGAUUCCAUUAACAAGAUGGCACAGCUUGCCAAGACUUGCAUAAACCGAGACCCGAAACGACGUCCAAGAAUGGGAGAUGUUGUGGUUUCUCUUAUGAAACUAAAUUCUACUAUUGAUGGUGGAAGUACAAUAGUGCAGCAUUGAGUCUGACUAAA